AUGGACUCCGUUGAGCCAGCGGAGUCGAUUACUCCUCAAUCAGCGUUCGCCGCUAAUGGCGGUGCCAAUGGUCGCGACACGGAAUAUUCAAUCGCCGACGAUGCCCGUUCGAGUAGCCUGAGCGACCUUGAUGAUGCUCUAGAUAACGACCAUCUGGAUAUUGAAUCCCCCAAACUUGAAAAACUUGCGAGUGAAAUCGACUCAGAAGCCGAGACGGAACGGAUCGAAGAGUCUCCGAGCCACCCUCGAAACCGCACCAACAUCGUAUUGAAUGCGGGUAUAUUCGAAACGAGCCCCAGCAAGCUAGCGCAAUCAACAACGUAUGAUGAACUUAACGACGAUGAGGACGACGAACCAGAAACUUCUCCCAGCAAACCACGAAGGAAAGCCAGUACCAAUGGCGUACUGGCUACCGACAAUGUUGCUACCACUGAUGGACGUGAACUUCUAAAUGCUUCUCUCGAGACCAUUAACAAAAAAAGGAAACGUCUUGACUUAGAAGGAGAUGUAAGCCCCGAAUCAGGCGAAGAAGAACCUCUACGGAAGCGUCGUGGCUCCGUUCCUGUCAGCGGAACAGCUUCCAAACCAUUGCCAGACUUUCCUCCCACUCCCACAACCGCGGAAGCCCUCCAAAAGACAGGUGAAACCUCCCCUGACGAGAACCCAGUGGCAGAGGAGACACAGAGUCUCGAUGCACGUGCGCCAGUGUCGAGGGGUAAACGGGGCAAGAAAGGCAAACGAAAAGGCAGAAAUGUUAAACAGGCUUAUGACGACGCUGAAGCGGAGAGUAUUCCUGCACCGGAAGAUGCUGAGCAAGACGCCAAUGGCUUGGCUGAUGAACAGGUUGCAGAAGAGGAUGAACAAGCUGAACCUGUUGAUGAGGCUGACGACACAGAGGUCGUUUCCAAGGCCGAAGAAGAACUUAUGAAGAAAUCCACAGCCAUGGACCUUCUAGUUACUCUUGAACGACAAUUCGCAACGUUGCGUGAUAGGAUAUAUGAUGAGAGAAUUGCGAACCUCAAUAACGAGCUAUCACAGCUCACUGAGGAGAACGCUACUCACCCUGAAUACCUACGUCAGCUCAGUAUAAUCGAGAAUUAUCGAGAUGACAAAAUCAAAUACGAGAGAACACUCUUUAAGUACAAGCUAUCCUCGCUAUUUAACAAAAGCCAGGCCGAACGCUGCCAAACAAAUAGCUCUUACUUUCAACGGGCCCGAGAAGUUCGUGAAAAGUAUCUUGAUGACGCUUCGAGCCUACAUUACCGAAUCCAGCAGGAUAGAUUCCAAAACGCCGAAGCAAGCCCAAACUUCUUCAUUUCCUUCCCAACUCGCCGCUCGCAACAAAUUGCCCAGCAAGCCGCCUAUAACAAGGAGGUGUCUAUACUCUCAGGCGUUGCGAAAUAUGUGGGUUUUCCAGCUGCUCCGGCGAUCCUGCCAGCGCGGCAAAAUGAGACAGAUGAAGAUUUGGCGAAGAUGGGGAUUGACCCUCGUUCGAUCAAUGCGCCCCACAGUUUUCCCCGCCCAUCCCUGCCUCGCAGCACUUUUACGACAACACCAUCGACAACGGCUCGGCCAGGCGCAGCAGAGGAAUUCCUCGAACACACGCCUUGGGCAAACCCACAACAUUCUAGCCAUGAGCAAUAUCUGCAACAGCUUCAGCAGAUUAGGAUGAACGAAGAGCAACGCAGGGCGGAGAAUGUAUAUGCUACCCCUGCUGCACAACAGCGCGUUGUCGAUCUACACGCGCCCAACGGGUCAGCUUCGACGAUCCCAGAUCAUGCAUCCGCGCCUAACUCGUCAGCUACAAAGACUCCGCAGGACGUUGAGCAGGAUCGGAUACGCCAACCACAUCAUAACAAUAACAGGGCGCUCAUAGCGGCAAACGAGUCCCCAUUCGCUCACCAUCCCAAACCAGAUGAAGCUGAAAGAAUCUCAGGAUUUCGGUCCCAAUCAUCGUCGCCGCUAGACUUGCGGAAACCCAAUAAUCCACGGCGGCCCCAGUCGAGAACCAUCUCUGAUCAGCGAUCUCCCUCUCACGCUCAGCACCAUCCGCGCUUGGGACUGUUUGGCGCGCCACCUCCAUCCCGACGGGACCCAUCUCCGCAACCACCGACUUCGGCUUCUGGCCCCAAUCAUGAGCUACUCAGCUCCUCAUCGUCAGGGGCAACGGCUGCCCGACAACGGUCUACGCCUCUGAACUCCAUGCACCAAGCUGCUGGCAUCACUGCAGGCGGGUCUGGGAGGAGUCGAAUGGGCGCGCGAUGA